UGCACUAAUUCCUGUUCAGUCAUUUGUCGUUCCUACGUAAAGGGGAAGCUACGACAACUCAUUAUGCUGAAAAACCCAGAGGAAGAGCACCCCAAGAAGGCAUUUGGGUGGGCAGCUAGAGUUCAAUCUGAGGUUCUAUCCCCCUUCAAAUUCUCCAGAAGGGCAACAGGAGAGAAGGAUGUGGCUGUGAAAGUGCUCUACUGUGGGAUAUGCCACUCAGAUGUACAUAUGAUCAAUAACGAUUGGGGACUCUCCUACUAUCCUCUUGUGCCAGGUCAUGAGAUUGUCGGUGAAGUAAAUGAAGUGGGAAGCAAAGUAGAAAAGUUCAGAGUUGGAGACAAAAUUGGGGUGGGUUUCAUAGUGGGAUCAUGUCGCUCCUGCGAGAACUGCGCCAACAAUCUUGAGAACUACUGCCCAAAUUAUAUACUAACCUAUUCAUCGAAGGACUACGAUGGCACUAUAACAUAUGGAGGCUAUUCGGACAUCUUGGUUGUAAACGAGCACUUCGUGGUUCAUAUCCCCGAGAAAUUGCCUCUCGAUGCUGCUGCUCCCCUUCUCUGCGCUGGGAUCACAGUUUAUAGUCCACUGAGAUAUUUCGAACUUGACAAGCCAGGUUUGCAUCUUGGUGUUGUUGGCCUGGGAGGGCUAGGCCAUACGGCUGUGAAAUUUGCCAAGGUUAUGGGGGUCAAGGUGACAGUUAUUAGUACUUCUCCUCACAAAAAGAAGGAAGCUAUGGAAAAUCUCGGAGCUAAUUCAUUUUUGGUUAGCUACGAGCAAGAUCAACUAGAGGCUGCUAUGGGCACAAUGGAUGGUAUCAUUGAUACAGUGUCAGCUCCACACUCUCUGCUGCCAUUGAUUGGUUUGCUAAAGUCUCAUGCUAAACUCAUUCUGGUUGGCCUUCCGGACAAGCCGCUUGAGCUCCCAGUCUUCCCUUUGAUCCUAGGGAGGAAGGCAGUGGCAGCUAGCUGCAUUGAAGGGAUGCAGGAGACUCAGGAGAUGAUCAAUUUUGCAGCCCAACACGAUUUAAAACCAGACAUUGAAGUUAUUCCUGUAGAUUAUGUGAACACUGCCAUGGAACGCCUUGCAAAAGGAGAUGUUAAAUAUCGCUUUGUCAUCGACAUUGAGAACACAUUGAAGGCUACAUCUGAACUUUGA